CUAGCAAUACAAGACAAAUCUGGGUCAAGUUCAUUCCAACAGGAAGUGAAAGAAUACAAGGGAAAUCUAUUUAUAAAUAAAUUUUUACAUCUAGGAACAAAAAAUUGAUCUCGAUUUCUUAAGGGGUAUUGGUGCAUCUCAAUAUCUGAAUUCCUGGGGAACACUGGAUCCAUAUAGAAAGAAGGAGGGGCAAAAGAGCUAAAAUGUUUUACAAGAUCUGCAUUUUAAAACUUUUUCUUUAAUGUAUAUUUAUUUCAGAUAAAAUGAGGAGCUUGGUGUUGCUGUUUUUACCGUCCUUGGCGCUAGCUGCUCCGAAACCAGAUUCUAGUAGUAGUUACGGAGCUCCCCAUGCGCCAGUGUACGAUAGUUACAGUGCACCCCCCGCCCCAACCUACGCUAAACAGCAGUACUACCCACCUCAACAGCAGUACGUUAACCCGCCAGAUUCUCAUGUACAUCAUCAUUAUUAUCACCAGGCUCAGCCCGUUGUUCAGGUUCCAAUCACUCCUCAGCCAUAUGUUGUUCAGGUUCCUCAAAACGUUCCAGUUCAGUUUGUUCCCAUCAAUGUAGAUGUUCCACCACCACAGUAUCAAACUGUUCCUGUACACCUAGCUCCUCAACAGGGAUAUGUACUUCCAGACCGAUCUGAAUGCUACGACUAUGAUUUGGAAUGUUUGGGAAACAUUGGCAGAGAUUUUGGUCUUCCCAUUCCUCAUCCUUAUCAAGGUCCUGUAGCAGCCCCGUACCAGUAUCCAGGUCCUUCUCCUUAUGCAGGUUCUCCUUUCGGAGGAGGAGGAUUAGCAGCCCCAUACCAGUAUCCAGGUCCUUCUCCUUAUGCAGGUUCUCCUUUCAGAGGAGGAUUAGGUUCUCUUUUUGGAGGAGGAUUAGGUAAAUAUAAAACCUCAUCCGACCCUACCAGCUUAGCCACCCCUGUUUACCUCAUCCCUAUCCCAUCUACCUUUAUUUACCUCUAUACGUACCUUAUCUACCACUUCCUACCACAUCCCUAUCCCAUCUACCUCUAUUUACCCCUAUAAGUACCUUAUCUAAAACUUUCCACCACAAUCCUACCCCAUCUACCACCCGAUUUACCUCCCAAUACCAUGUAACUAUCCAAUCCUACUCCCCACAACCCUAUAACUAUCUAAUCCUACUCCCCACUACCCUGUAAAUAUCUACUCCUACUCCCCACUACCCUAUAAUAUCCUAGACUGAAGACGAUACAUGGAUAAUUUGACUUUAAAACACCUUCAGACUUCGAUGGUGUUUAGUUUAUACAAACGAUAAUUAAAGUCGUAUAAAUCUAACAACACACAUGACUGUUACUAACACGACUGGGCUCAUAACGUAUGAUUCGUUGUGAUUAAAGGGAUCGUUGACGUAAUUUAAAAAAGAGAAGCUUGUCCGAUUCACAAGGGUACUCUUUAAACCUUUGCCUGAGCAAAAAUGGAGAAAAUAUCUUUGUUUUUUUAUCAAUUAAAAAUUGAUAAUUUUUAGUCGUGGUUUCUCGAUGAAGGUUACUGAUUUUGCAACAAAGACAAAUAACGAAAUUUGCAUAAUGUUCCAAGGUCGAAGAAUGACAUUAUCUUUCCCAAUGUUACUCAGAUAAACAUUUAAAAAGAGUUCCGUUUUGAAUUGAGCUUGCCAAUCUUUAAAUGAAGGUUCACUCUUGAAGUUACGUCACAGUCUCUGUAAUUCAUCAAAAAAGAAAACAUUGAUGAAAUUGGUAAAAAUUUCGUUAAAUAUUUUUGUGUUUUUUUAUUGUAAGAAUAAUUUCGAACCAAAUAAAAGAACAAAAAAGUCUUUAAAUCAAUACAAAAAUUUUCCCUUUUUGGGGUCAUAUUCCGACUGUAUUUCAGGAGGUUUUUGGGAUCAUAUUCCGACUGUAUUUCAGGAGGUUUUUGGGAUCAUAUUCCGACUGUAUUUCAGGAGGUUUUUGGGGUCAUAUUCCGACUGUAUUUCAGGAGGUUUUUGGGGUCAUAUUCCGAUUUUA